CUCUCUCUCUCUCUCUCUCUAUAUAUAUAUAUAUAUAUAUAUAUAUAUAUAUAUAUAUAUAUAUAUAUAUAUACCCUUCCACUUCCACAACUUAACUAUGACCGGCGGCAAAGAAAUCCUCCAUAAGAUGAAGGAAAAAGUUUUGGGACCAUCUGAUCCAGACUUAGGGAAAGGAAAAAGCAAGAUGUCAAAGCAUGUAACUCAUGGCUUUCACUUGGUAAAGGGAAGAUCAAAUCAUGCCAUGGAAGACUACGUCGUUGCUGAAUUCAAACAUGUUGAUGACAAUGAGUUGGGUUUAUUUGCAAUAUUCGACGGUCACGCAGGUCACACUGUGCCUGAUUACUUGCGUUCUCAUUUGUUCGAUAAUAUCAUAAAUGAGCCUGAUUUUUGGACUGAUCCUGCGGAUAGUGUGAAGAGAGCAUAUAGCGAAACUGAUUCAACUAUUUUAGAGAAAUCAGGUGAAUUGGGCAGAGGAGGUUCAACUGCAGUUACAGCAAUACUGAUCAACUGUCGGAAGCUAGUAGUGGCUAAUAUUGGUGAUUCUCGAGCUGUCUUGUGCGAGAAUGGAGUUGCUAUACCACUGUCAGUGGAUCAUGAACCAACAACAGAAAGUGAUGAUAUAAAAAAUAGAGGUGGUUUUGUAUCUAACUUCCCAGGGGAUGUUGCACGCGUUGAUGGGCAGUUAGCAGUGUCUCGGGCAUUUGGCGACAAAACUCUUAAGAUACACAUGACUUCAGAGCCACAUAUGACAGUGAAGAUGAUAGAUGAUGGCGGAGAGUUUGUUAUAUUAGCCAGUGAUGGGUUAUGGAAGGUCAUGUCAAAUCAAGAAGCAGUUGAUGCUAUCAAAGAUAUCAAGGAUGCUCGAUCUGCAGCAAAGCACCUUACUGAAGAAGCGCUUAACAGGAAAAGCUCAGAUGAUAUCUCUUGCAUUGUUGUGAGGUUUCACUGAUAUAUGCAAAAUAUACAUUUGUAGAUUUUUAAUCUACAAGCUUUUGUGUAGAUAUAGAUAAAUGUUGAUAUCCAUUGAGAUGUUAUUCUGCUCAAGCAUAAGUAUGUGGUCUCUUUUUUUUAACUGCUUUCAUCCAAACCAACUUAGAUAUUGUGUUGUUUAAUGUAACAAUUCUAGAAAUAUUGAGUAGAUUUGUUAAUUGCCAAA